GACCGCACCGCACCACACCAGAGCACGCAGCAGAGUCCGAGUUGCACUCCGCCUCACGCACGCACGCACGCGCGCGCAUGGCCGUCGUCAUGGCACGCGCCUGCGGCUACGACCGGGCGCCGGCGCCGGCGCCGGCGACGCGUCCGUUCGACGGGGGCGACCGAGGCCGCCGCCGUCCCAUCUUCCACGACCACUGCUGCGUCGUCCAUGACGUCGUCAUGCCGCCUCCCCCUCCACCGCCGCCGCCGCUCUUCGGGCUCCAUUCGGGCCGCGCCGGCGGCUCCAAGGCGGACCCGGGGCUCUGCACCGAGGGCCUCGGCUCCGAGAGCUCCGAGAGCUCCGGCGACCUCGACCUCGGCGGCAUCGUCCCGGCGGCCGACGACGGCAUUCAGGACUGCAAGGGGCGGCAGCAGGAGGACGACGGCCAGGAGGAGGCGCCGGCGAGGAAGAGGGCGUUCCCGCCGCCCAUCUCGGUCAUCGGCGCCGCCGGGAAGCCGUGGCAGUACCUGCGUGCGCAGCGCGGGGGCGGCCGGCUGGUGCUCCGGGAGGUCAGGAUACCCUCGCGGGAGCUGCUCCGCGCCUGCCGGGCCGACGGCCGCCUCAAGCUCCACUUCGCCCGCCCGGACCCGGACCCGGACCCGGAGCAAGAAAACAACAUCGUCUAGCCGACGACGACGAUCACAACUUCAGAAGAAAAUCAAACAAUCUGCAAAUUGGUCGACAAGAAGGGCCGGAAGAGAGAAUCCAGUUUCUUGCGCCCGUCACUGGGGUUUAAUAAGCAGAGUUAUUCAAGAGUCCUAGAGGUGUCAUGCCAUUGUCGUCCUUCCAAAGAGAGAGAUGUAAAUAUCGAAAACAAAAUUGUUCAGCUUUUGCAUC